ACAUAGGCUGCUGCUGCUCAGCGGUAUCGGAUGAGGGGCCGCCCCGUCCACAGCCAGCUGAUAACCGGGUUUAGACUCUGUCCGGGUCCCGUUUUUACCUCCUGACGCUGCCAGCUCCGGUCCGACAUGGAGAGAGUUGUCAUUGUAACCGGCGCGAACAGCGGGAUCGGCCUGGCCCUGUGUGAGAGGCUGCUGACUGAGGACAGCCAGCUUCGACUGUGUCUGGCCUGCAGGAACAUGCAGCGGGCCGAGGCCGCCCGCUCCGCCCUCCUCACCUCCCACACCAACGCACACGUAGACCUGCUGCACCUGGAUGUGGGCUCUGUGUCCUCAGUGCUCACUGCUGCUCAGGAGGUCAAAGCCAGGUACAACAGAAUUGACUUUCUGUAUCUGAAUGCAGGAAUUAUGCCCAAUCCUCAAGUGGAUAUCAAAGCUUUUUUCAAGGGUCUGUUCUCCAGCAAUGUCAUCAACAUGUUUGCAACAGCAGAGGGUCUCUUGACUCAGCAGGACCGCCUCAACUCAGACGGUCUGCAGGAAGUUUUUGCCACCAACCUCUUUGGCCAUUUUCUCCUGAUCAGGGAGCUGGAGCCUCUGCUGUGUUCGGCGGAUCAGACAUCCAGGAUUGUGUGGACCUCCUCGAGUAACGCCCGCCGCUCUGCCUUCAGCAUCGAGGACAUGCAGCACAGAAAUGGGACGGAGCCCUACAGCUCCUCCAAGUACGCCUCAGACAUGCUCAGCCUGUCAAUCAACAGACACAACAACAGCCAGGGGCUGUUCUCCUCUGUAAUAUGCCCCGGACUGGUGAUGACUAAUCUGACCUACGGUAUCCUCCCCUCCUUCUUCUGGACCCUCAUCAUGCCCAUCAUGUGGCUGAUUAGGAUCUUCACCAACACAUUCACACUGACGCCGUACAACGGAGCGGAGUCGCUGCACUGGUUGUUUCUUCAGAACCCCGAGACUCUAGAUCCAAGAGCAAAGUAUCACAGUUUGACCUCAGGACUCGGAACAAACUACACCGAGCCUCGACAGAUGGACAUCGACGAAGAAAUGUCAGAGGCCCUCUAUGCAAAACUACUCGAACUUGAGAAAGAAGUCAGAAGGAAACCGAGUGAGGGAAAUGCUGACGAGGCAGCUAAUGAACAGUAGCUCAGAGAGAUUAGAGAGUAGAAGGAAGUCUUUUGUAAUGGAAACGGACGAUGUGCAGUUUGCGAUAAACAACAAUAAAAGUGCUCUUAUUCUUUUCAUUCUCGCCAUUAACUUUUGUGUCUUUCUGUCUGUUUUUUAUACACGACUACUCACAUAGUGGAAUUUCAGAUCUCUUAAUUAAGUAAAAGUACUA